GCGCUCUAUGGUACGGGCGGGCAGAGCGGCCCCGGUGAGGCGCCCCCUCCUUUCCCAACAGCCAUAGAGAAGCAGGGAGGCUGGCUCACUGUUUGCCAGGGAAGGGAGCAGGCACACGGAAGGGAGCGAGCAGGUCUGAUGGAUGGAGCUUUAUUUGGCAGGGACGGUGAGGGGACACCGAGGCCGCGCCACCCCGGGAGCGGACACCGAGCUGACCGGGACGGAAGGCGCAGCCGCAACCCGGUGCUGCGCAGGCCUCCGCGCCUGCCCUCCCCCGGUUUCUCAGGAGAUUGAUGGCGGCGCCGGCCAAUAGGAAGGCGCAGCCCGUGGGCGCCGCCAAUGGGCGUGGGCCGUUGGCGGGCGGGGCGGAGCGGCUGGCGGCGCCGGGCGCAGCCAUGCUCCGCCGCUCGCUCUGGCUGUGCCUCUGCCUCUGCUCCUGCCCGGCCCGCGGUUUACGCAUCCAUGAAUACUUGUAUUUCCAAGUGCUGAGCCCUGGAGACAUCCGCUACAUCUUCACCGCCACUCCGGCCAAGGAUUUUGGUGGUGUGUUUAACACAAGGUACGACCAGAUCCACCUGGUCCCAGCAGAUCCCCCCGAAGCCUGCGGAGAGCUGAAUAAUGGCGUCUUCAUCCAGGACCAGAUUGCCUUGGUGGAGAGGGGGGGUUGCUCGUUCCUGUCAAAGACGCGUGUGAUCCAGGAGCAUGGUGGACGGGCGGUGAUCAUCGCAGAUAACGCCUAUGAUAACGACAGCUUCUAUAUCGAGAUGAUCCAGGACAGCACCAGGCGGACAGCUGACAUCCCCGCACUCUUCCUGCUGGGCAGGGACGGGUACAUGAUCAGACGCUCCCUGGAGCAGCAUGGGCUCCCCUGGGCCGUCAUCUCCAUUCCCGUCAACGUCACCAGCAUCCCCACCUACGAAAUGAUGCAGCCCCCCUGGACCUUCUGGUAGCAGUGAGAGGCUGCAGCAGAUCAAGGACUUCUCAGUGGAUCCCAGGAGCUUGCCCCAGGGACCAGGUUUGAGGACAAGGUGCCAACGCGCUCCAGAGAUCCCACCAUCCAGCCUUGCCGGAUUCAGCAAUAGGGCGAUCUUUCUGCUGCUGCCGGCGUGUGGCUGAAGGGCAAACACCAGCGCCCACGGUGGGAACCUUGAGCUUGGCACCAAGCACCCUUUGUAGUGACUUUCUGGGGGGGAAAUGAUGGUCCAGAACAGGUCAGCACUUCCCCGGGAAACGUUUUAACGAUGGGAAAGAUGGCACCAGUAAUUUGUGCUGCUGAUUUAGAGGGAUACAGGAUUACGUGGACGCGGUACGACAGGCAUGGGAGGGAGAGUGAGAUACAGGCUUGGUCUGUACCAGCAGCGCUCGCCUGACAUCUGUAUAUUUUUGUCUGAGAUAAUGAAGUCUGAACAAGUUUUAGAGAAAGGGGAGU